GGCGAGUUGAGGACCAUCGAAAUAGUACUUAAUAAGUGAAACUUACCAACUUAACUUCACAGAUUUCCUCGGGAGACCUAUCACUACCACUGCUACAAUCACUGCUGCUGCUACAAACUGCUAUUAACAUGCAGUUUUACAUUUCUAUGUUCACCAUCCUGGCCUCGCUGGCUGCCGUGACCCACGUCAUGCCGGCUCCUGUUCACGACAACGCAGGAGGCAUGUCUCAUGCGAGUCAUAACAAGAGGUCAUGCAAGGCUGCUUAUAACGAAGCUGCGGCUGCAGAGUACAAGCACAGCGAAACCUCAACAGACGAUGAGGAUGCCUUGGGUGAUGAUAGUGCAGGGGUUGUCCCUGCCUGCGCGUUCUGAUGAGAGUCAAGCUCACCCCCGUGGGGGAGUGAUAGGGUAGAAUGGCAGGAUGGGCUCAGUUGCUCUAACGAUCAGGGGCAUGCUUGGGUUGAAAUGUAAAGAUCAUAGAUAGAUAUGACCGUUGUUCCAGACUUCCAGUGCCAGUGAAGCC